AUGCAAAAUAAAAUUAUAUUCCUCGCCUUUUCCGCCAUUGUGGCAGUAGCAGUACCUCAAAACCAUCACGUUCAGCAUGACGAUCACGCAGCUUAUAAAUUUGAAUACGGUGUCCAAGAUCCUCACACCCAUGACGUUCACUCUCAAACAGAACACAGGGAGGGAAAGAACGUAGUGGGUGAAUACACUUUGCACGAACCUGACGGCACCCAGCGUAUCGUCAAGUACGUGUCUGGCCCACACACCGGAUUUGAAGCCAUCGUGGAAAGGAAGGGACAUGCCCAACAUCCUGCACACUACGGAAAGCAUGGCCAUGGAGAAAAAGGAGGUGUAGGUGGAACUAGUUAUGUUGGAAUCACCCACUGGAGCAAUCAGGGUGAAAGCCACGGUCAUUGA